UGGUCUCGCGCCGGGGUGACAUGUCGGGUGCCGAGUGACCGCGCGGCCAGGGCGAACCAGCGGAUGGUGGAUGAGAGAUCGAUUCGAUCGGCCCGACCCCUGGAUCCCGGGGCAUCCCCUCGGCGGAGCGACGAGGGUGCCCAUGGUCCGCGGCGUUUCGUCGAAGAGAGAUCUGACAGCGCCUCAGGAUUAAUUCGCCCCUGGACGCCGCCGGCUCGGGCGAUGCGCGAAACGGGGGCGGCCACCCCCAGGAGGAACACCUAGACGUCGAGACCUUCGACCCCGACCCCGAGGACGGGGGUCGCCUCUCGGGCACGGACUAUGAGAGCCUCCGACCGCGUCUCGACGCCAAGAUCAGGGCGACGGCGCCCCCAGGUGCCCUGAUACCGACGGGUGGACUCCGGGUCGCCACCAUGCCCGAGAAGGAGGUGGCGUACCACCAGGAAGCCUUCUCCCUCCUCCCGCCCCCGCCUCACCACCCGCACUCGGCCUUCCACGCGGCCUUUCACCCGCACCCCCAUCCGCCCCCGCCGCCCCCUUUCCACCCACAUCACGAACCCCCGCCGCCCCAUCCGGCCGUCGCUGCCGCAGCCUGGGAACAUCAUGCAGCCGCCGCCGCCGCCGCCGCCGCGGCUUUUCACGCCCCUCCGCCUCACCCGUUGUCCGGCAGCACCACGGCGAUCGGAAGUGGCCCUGGAGGAAACGGCGGGGGUGGUGGUACCGGAGGUGGAGGGGGUGGCGGGGGCGGCAACGGGACUUCCGGUGGAGACUUCUUGCGGAGAAGUCACCCCCUCUCGGAGCAUACGCCCCUGCACCCCGCCUAUCGGCUCAACUACAUGGACCACCUUUACCAUCAACUCCAAGCCUCUACGCACAGUCCCAACGCCUCGUUACACGGGCUGGGUGGCUUGGGACCGGAAUACCUCCUGCACGCGGCUGGUCCCGCGAGCACCCUCGCGUCCUCGGAGUUCCCGUUUUCCAUCGAUGCAUCCUCGAGGCUAGGAAGUCCACGGGCUUCGGCAUCGGCGAUCAGGGCGAGCCGGAAGCGAGCUCUCAGCAGCUCGCCAUACUCGGAUCGCUUCGACAUCGACAGCAUGAUCCGCUUCAGCCCCAACAGCCUGGCUUCCAUCGUCAAUGGCUCCAGAAGUAGCAGCGCCAGUGGAAGUUACGGUCAUCUCUCUGCCGCCAUGAGUCCCGCCCUGGGUAUGCACCCGGGAAUGGCGCCGCAUCUGCAGCAGCUGCAGGCGCAUCUUCUGCGAAGUGCAGCGGCGGCGGCUCUCCUACCUCACGCACAUCCCCUGCAGCCGCCACCCCCGCCGCAUCCGCAUUCGCACCCACAUUCGCACAGCCUGGGGCCGCACUCUCAGCUAUUUCCGGUACCGCCGCAUUCUGCGGCCUCAGCAGCCCUGGGACCCCAUGGAGGACUGCCCCCGAAAAGCGAGCAGAGCGCCGACUCGUGCAGAAAGACCGUGGAGACGUCGAACAGGUCCAUAGCGGCCGAAGCCGACACCUCGUCAAGAAGGCCGUCGACGAAGGUUAAGAGGGAACCCGCGACCACCACCACGACCACGGCAGCUGCAGCUGUCCCGGCGACCUCGGCCCCUCCCAGCCAUCCUCAGGGAAACAGUCCCAACGAGGACCUCAGAGAUGAACCCGGUGAUUUCAUCGAGACCAAUUGCCACUGGCGGGACUGCGGUCUGGAGUUUCCAACCCAGGACGACCUCGUGAAGCACAUCAACAACGACCACAUCCACGCGAACAAGAAGAGCUUCGUCUGCGGCUGGGAGGACUGCUCGAGGAAGGAAAAGCCGUUCAAAGCUCAGUACAUGCUGGUGGUGCACAUGAGGAGGCACACGGGCGAAAAACCGCAUAAGUGUACCUUCGAAGGGUGCUUCAAGGCGUACUCGAGACUGGAGAACCUGAAGACUCAUCUGAGGUCGCACACCGGGGAAAAGCCGUACACCUGCGAGUACCCAGGGUGCAGCAAGGCCUUCAGCAACGCCAGCGACAGGGCGAAACAUCAGAACAGGACGCACUCGAACGAGAAACCGUACGUGUGCAAGGCGCCCGGCUGCACCAAGAGGUACACCGACCCAUCGUCCCUGAGGAAGCACGUGAAGACGGUCCACGGAGCGGAGUUCUACGCGAACAAGAAGCACAAGGGAGGAAGUGGCGACGGUGGUGGAAGCGACGAAGCUGGUGCAGGAGGUCACAGUCCCAGCAGAAGCGAAGAUCUUCACCCGAAGACCCCCAGUCUGUCGAGUCCAAGCGUGAAGUCAGAGAGCGAGACCAACAGUCCGCCCAGCAUGAUGCAGCAACAGGGUAGUCCUCUAGGUGGAGGGUGCACGGACGAGGUCAGUGGAGUCGGUGGUGUCACCACGGACGGCAUCGCGCUCUCCGAGGAACCCUGGAACGAGGAGCCGGAUGACCUCGACAUCGCCGAUCUCCCGGUUGCCCUGCGCGCGAUGGUCGGCGGGAUGGAAUCGCAACAGGCACCUGCGCCUUCGAGGAAUCGCCUGAAGGGAAGACUGAACGCAAAAGCGAUGCCGACGUUGGCGGUGGGAAUGGGCGGCAUGAGAGGUAGUCGAGGCGUGAUACCUCAGGGUAACAUCGGCGACCUGAACAGGAGGAUCACCGACCUCAAGAUGGAAGGUGGAACCAGGCAGACCAGCCUGUCGGACCUGCAGCUGAGGCUGCAGCCGCUGAGCGAGCCUCGGAGGGACAGCAACAGCACCGUCAGUACAUAUUACGGUAGCAUGAGGUCCGCGGACUUUGGAAGCAGGAGAAGCAGCCAGGCCAGUGGGGUCAGCGCCGUCAGGAUGGGUCCUGCCGGUCCCGGGAGCUUCUACGACCCCAUCAGUCCUGGGACCUCCAGGAGGAGCAGUCAAAUGAGCACCACCUCCGGCAGGAUCAACCCUCCUGGACACUUGCAGGGGCCGUACUCCACCAGCAAUCUGGUGGUGCAGACCCAGAACAUGUCCCUUCAGGGAGUGCAGGGCAUGCCUGGUGACUGGACGCCAAGCGGACACUGUCCCCAAAUCGCAGCAGGAGAUCGGCGAAUGUCCGAGCCAGCUCAGGGUCAUCAGGCACAGCGGACCUCCCCACCUAUGCCGCCUAGACCUAGGUCUGCCCAGCUUCCCGAACUACACCCCAACCAGGAAGUGGCCCUCGAUGAGGUGGGAGAAGGCGAGAUGGUGGAGAACAAGCUGGUCAUCCCGGACGAAAUGAUGCAGUACCUGAAUCAGGUUCAAACUGGCGGCAACCAGGUAGGGUAUCGAGGAAGUCCUCUACCGAUAUGCCAGUCCCCGAUCUGCACAAACCCGGCGCACUAUCAGCGACAGCAGUCUCACUGCAAUUACACCCAGGCCCACCAGCAGAACUGUUAUCCGCAGCCCAGCUCCCAGCAGAACUGUACCAACUACCAGACGGCGUCACCAGCGUACUCCCAGUGCCCCAGUUCGCGCAUGAGUCAAGCGUCUGGCUACUGUCCACCCCAGAACUACGGACCUCAAUCCUGCGGCUCUCAAAUGGCCAGUCCAGCUGGCCAGGUGAUGUCUCCGGGCCAGGUAAUGUCACCUGGCUCCCACUACGCCCCCAGCCAUGCGAGCGACCAGCCGAUGACGUCCCCAGCUGCCGGCGCACUCGCUCCGCAGCACGGUCCCCAGAAUCCCCAGCAGACCUCCGCCCAGAUGACUCGCAACUGUGUGCAGAACCACCUUCCACAUGGGUACCACCCAGGUUAUGGAUGCCAGGGUCAGGUGAACGUUAACUGCGCCCAGUCGGCACAUCCUAACCAACCCUGCACUCCCAGUCACGCAGCGGGUCAACCGUGCACGCAGAUGCGCCCCGUGUCCAACUGUCCCCAGCUGUCACCUCGCUGUUCCCAGCCGGCAAUGCCCAAUCAGAACCCUGCUACCCACAAUGGACCUCAAUGUGGACGGACGGCGACAAAUCAGUGCACCCAGCAGAUGCACGCAAACCAUGCAAGUGGGGCAGACCAGACGAACCACCACCGCGUGCUGGGGAUGCAGAACGGUCCAGGGGUGUCAAACGUCCCUGGUCCCAAUCAAACCAACCAAGCCCCGGGCCACUGCUCCCAGAUGACGGCCCACUGUCCCCAGGUGAACAUGGCCAACAUAGUCAGUCAGAAGCCCGCGACGAACUCCAGCCCUCAGGCCCCUCCGGGGCAAUUAGGCAUGCAGUGUCCCCAGAUGGCGACUUGUCCCCAUCCGAACGGGAACCAGAACAGCCCCAAUUCCACGGUACCGAAGGGCAUGACGCAGCUAUGCCAGACCAGCUGCAGAUCUCAGGCUUGUGCCCACGGGUGCCAGGCUCAGCCCAGCCCCAAUCAGUUCACCUGCAAUUGCCAGUGGGGCUACAACUCCGAGCAGUGCUACCGUAACCAUGGCCCCAACAUGCCGGAGAUCCAGUGCAGGGACAUCAGUCAGUCCCAGCAGGGCUCCCCGGUAAAGCCGCCCCAGGGGAUGAGGCAGGACUCUUAUAGAAGGACCUUGGAGUACGUCCAGCAGUGCAGGAACUGGUCCGGCAAUGCUCAACUCCACGAGACCAACGUCUCCAGCUCUACUCAUCCCAUGUCUCUGCCUCAGCCACUUCCAGCAAGUGCCAACAUGGUCGUCAACGACAUGACCUCUUCGCUCAGCUCUCUCCUGGAGGAGAACAGAUACCUCCAGAUGAUACAGUGAAACCUGAGAUGAGAUUGUCUCUGCGUUGCAUGAGUACGUUAAGGACGGGAAUGUAGAUUAGGACCAAACCGACGAUCCUGGUACCGGCGUGGUACCAGCUCGGGUGCUCAAGCGUAAUAACUGCAUAACUAUAUCACUUCCGAAAUGGGACCCCUCGUCUGUAUUUUUGAUGUCUCUAUUUGUUAUACUCGAAGUGCCUGCAGAGAGAUAGACCAGUAAGGAACACACGUGCCUCGGUAACUUUAUUUAUUGUAACUUAGACUCGGAAUUGCAGUGCCUUGGACUGGCGGAGAGAUGCGUGGGACCUUGUGCCCGUCCCGGCCGAGUUUCCAGAUUCGUCUGGCGGCCGAUAAUCAUCUUUUUAACUCUACUUUGUAGGUGAUGUGCCUGAAGACGAUCGUCGCCGGUGGGACCGGACGCCCGGUUGCAUGAUCUAUUUCUUACUUCCCCUUUUUAGUAUAUCUAAGGACCAAAUUUUUACAAGUUCAGCCUCAGCUGCGAGUGCACGCGGUGUACCCUGUGAUAUGCGGAAGAUAUGCAUUUUUUAAAGGCUUUACAUUGUAACUGGACUAGAGGAUCCUUGAGGGUCCUUCAGGAUCUCUGAUCAGGAUCGUGCGGCGACGAGAUUCGUAGGGCUCGAGAGGGACUAGAGGUAAACUUUCAACUGAUACAAAUGGCCAAUACUAGAUCGUAAUUGAUUAUGUAGAUAGAGGAAGGACUGUACGUAGAUCGAGCAUCCCCCACAAAAAUUGUGUAAAAAAAAAAA